AUGUCAAGAGGAGGCGGCUGGGGCGGCGGCGGAGGAAAGAAUGACCUAGGCAAGAUGGGCGGACAAGCUCUACCCUGGGAAUACGACCCAGAGCUCGAAGGAAAACUAAACACCAAACCAAGCGAGAAGUUUCCUAUUGACGAUGAGGAAGAUGCAGAUGCGGAUGAAGGUGGAGACGAAGAUAAAGUGGAGGGAGAAGAUGAGGAUAAGGAAGAGGAGGAUCCGGAUCAGUUUGACGAGGAUGAUGAGGAUGAUAAUGAUGAUUAUAACGCCGAGCAGUACUUUGAUGGUGGAGAUGACGAUGACUUUGGUGGGGAUGAUGGAGGUGGUGAUGGAGAUGAUUAUUGA